AUAACGUUAUCUGCUACAACCAAACUGAAGUACUCGUGCUCUACUUUGUGUCAAACUAGUUUACACCGUAGCUAAUUUUCUAUCUCUGUUUUCAUAUUUAUGACAAUUUAAAAGAAAAUUAAAUGACAGAUUCUUCCAUAAAAUAUAUGCAACUUAUUUCAUUCAAUCCUUUAGGAAAUAUUGUUCGGGAACAGUGAAAAAGGAUGACAAAGACGGAUGUUAAAACAAGUGCUUUAGAACAUUUAGCUGGUGGAUUAAAAAGAAAUGCUUUGCUGCUUCUUUUAACUUUGCUGAGUGUCAUGACAGUAAGCUGUACCACUGAUGCUGAAAGACAGACUGCUUGCCGAAAUUUUACAGCUGAUAAAGAAAUUCAGAAUCUCAUAGCGUCUGGUCGAAGAGGAGCAGAACCAUGUCCUUGCAUUGAACAGAAAAUCAUACUUGAUAAUACUUUUGAGAAAACUGAAAACUGUUACAGACAGUGGUUUUUUCAGGAAGGCGCAAAACAAAUGUGUUGCUACAGCGAAACUGGUAACCUGAUAACUGGAGGUUCAGCUGCUGGGUAUCUUCUACUUGAGACAAAAGAAGAAGUCAUUGAAAAAGCUUAUAUAGACUGUUGCGGAAACGAUUCAACUAUAUAUGAACAGUCAUGUCAAUCAUUUCAUGAAAUCAAUCCACCUGACAAUUGCAGCGCAUAUCUUCCACCAUCAACAGUUACAUCUUCGGGUGAUCCUAGGAUUAAAACAAUAGAUGGAAAUAGCUAUGAUUUCAAUGGACACGGGGAAUACGUAUUUCUCACUGACAACACUACCUUUGAGAUACAAGCUAGGACGGGGUACGUCGUAAAAGGAAACAAGGAAUCAACGAUGUUUACAGCUUUUGCGUUUUCUGAUAAACAGAAUGGAGAACAAAUAGAACUACACUAUGAUAAAGAUGCAAAUGACAUACUCUUCUACCGAAACGGCACAUAUAAUGAGAUUUCCAUUACCCAGUUUGAUGAGCAAGAAGAGAGCUUGACCACAGCUGGGUAUCUCAGCGUCUCCUGGACAGAUGAAAUGCUAACCUGGACGCCUAGUGCUCACAAUGACAUUAAACGCAUCAUAAUUCCUCAAGACGAUAUAUGGAAGCCAGAUAUUUCGCUCCGUAAUUCGUUUAACUCAUUCAAAGGUCUUGGUUCUUCUUAUUUUAACGCUUGGGUACAAGAUAGCGGAGUAGUCCAAUGGGAACCAUUUCAGGUGUUAAAGUCAACUUGUUCGGUAGAUAUCACCUAUUUCCCUUAUGAUUCACAGUCUUGUACGAUGAAAUUUAUUGCAUGGAGCUACACAGAGACAGAGAUAAACUUCCUUCAGGAAAGUUCAGGAAUUGAGAAAACCGACUACUCGGAGAGUUCAACUUGGAACCUCGUAAGUUCAUCGGCGAAGGUUGACAACUCUCAAACACCAACGAUAGUUUAUACCCUAAAAUUACAUAGAAAACCUCUCUUUUAUGUGUUGAACAUGAUAAUUCCGGUCAUAUUUCUUUCAGUUUUGAAUAUAUUUACGUUCGCACUUCCGGUUAAAUCCGGAGAGAGAGCAUCUUUUUCCGUAACGCUGUUUUUAUCUAUAUCGGUUUUUCUAACAAUCAUAGCUUCUGAGUUUCCUACGAAUUCUGACGCUCUUUCCUACCUUGCCUUGUAUCUUAUUCUAAUGACUAGCGUCAGCACUAUUUUUGUUCUUGUGUCCGUCUUACAAUUACGACUUGUAAACAGAGAAGAAGGGAAGGAAAUUGUUGGUAGGUUUUACAAAAUGCUCCACCGUGCCGUGCAAGUGUUGAGUUGUAAGAAGUAUAAUGGGUGCACUGGAAAGGUCCAAGACAGCAAACGUGUCGACGCCGAAGAUUCCGCGGAACCACAGGGAUCGGAAGAAUUAGAAGAGGAGGUAACGUGGCCAGGUGUUGUUGAUGCAAUAGAUUUUCUAUGUUUCUGGCUCGGAAGCUUUGUAAUUUUCAUUGUAACAAUGACAAUCAUGCUUCUGUUGACGAAUAAUCCGCAGAGGUAGUAUCUGUCCUGUUGUGAAACAAUAACCAAAGAUAUUGUAAUACAACUAAGCUUUGUGCAUCCAACUGUUUACAUAACUAUCUUUGACAGGUUCCUAAAUACACAAAAAGUAAAUACGAGCGUGCACUCAUGUGAUAUUUAAUAACACGGGACAUUCAAUUUUUGUACAUGUUAAAUAACUAAUCGCGGCCGUAAAGAUUAUUUUUAUUCAGAGGUUUAUUUUAAGAAUCAAAGAUGCGUAUAGGUUUCUGGGCAAUGCACAUUUGAGAUAAAACCUUAUCACGUUUAAAUGUUAAGAAAAGCUUUACAUUGGCUUAAAAUCUAGCACUCAAGUUUGUGUAUCAUCUAGUCCUUGUUAAUUAGUGUUGUCUAAAUGACACGUCAAAGGGGCCUCCGUGGCCGAGUGGUUAAGGUCGCUGACUUCCAAUCCCUUGCCCCCUCAUCGAUGUUGCUUCGAGCCUCAAUCGGGGCGCUGAAUUCUUCAUGUGAGGAAGCCAUCCAGCUGGCUUAGGGAAGGUUGGUGGUUCUACCCGGGUGUCCGCUCUCGAUGAAAUAAUGCACUGAGGGGUACCUUCAGUCUUCCUCCACCAUUAAAAGCUGGAAAGUCUCCAUAUGACCUAUCAUGUAUCGGUGCGACGUUAAAUAAAAAAUAAAAAAUAAAUGACACCUCGAAUAAUGAGCC